AAAAAAAAAAAAGUGUUCCUUAGAGCCCCAGCAAAAUCCACACUUGAGGUGGUUCCUGAAUCCACACUCUCUUCUGUGAUCCAAUCAUUACACGUUACAUACAUGUUCUUUCGUGUGUAUAUAUGUUUGUUUGUGUUGAGAUUUUGGGACCCUCUGUUUUUGAGCUGAAAUGGGUUUGGUUUUGGAAGCAAUGAGGAUUGUAUUGGACCGUUUCUAGGGGUUUGGAAGCAAUGUGGGUUGUAUUGGAGCUUUUCUAGGGUUUGUUCUUGCUGGUGACUGCUUUGGAUCUCAGCAACAAUGGCGUUGUUUAGGAAAUUUUUCUACCGGAAGCCACCUGAAGGGCUUCUGGAGAUUUCUGAAAGGGUUUUUGUCUUCGAUUGCUGCUUUACCACUAAUGUUUUGGAAGAGAAUGAAUACAAAGUCUACGUGAGUGGCAUAGUGGACAAUCUUCGUGAAUACUCCCUUGAUGCUUCAUUCAUGGUAUUUAACUUCCGAGAGGGAGAGAAUCAAAGCCAGAUUGCUAAAGUAUUGUCUGAGUAUGACAUGACUGUGAUGGAGUAUCCUCGCCAGUAUGAAAGUUGCCCAAUACUCACCAUGGAGACGAUCCAUCACUUUCUAAGAUCAAGUGAGAGUUGGCUUUCACUUUGUCAGCAUAAUGUACUCUUAAUGCAUUGCGAGUGUGGUGGAUGGCCAGUUUUGGCUUUCGUGCUUGCUGCCCUAUUGAUUUAUAGGAAGCAAUUCACAGGGGAACAGAAAACUCUGGACAUGAUAUAUAGACAAGCACCUCGUGAGCUUUUGCAGCUGAUCUCGCCACUUAAUCCAUUACCUUCACAAUUGAGGUACCUACAAUAUGUCUCAAGAAGGAAUGUGGGUUUGGUGUGGCCACCAUUGGAUAGGGCGCUUACAUUGGAUUGCAUCAUCCUUAGAUUCAUUCCUAACAUGGAUGGAGAGGGAGGCUGCCGUCCAAUGUUUAGGAUAUAUGGACAGGAUCCCUUCAUGGUUGCUGAUCGGACUCCUAAGGUGCUUUUUUCAACACCUAAGAAUAGCAAAACUGUUCGGCAUUACAAGCAGGCAGAUUGCGAACUUGUUAAAAUCGACAUUCAUUGCCAUACUCAAGGCGAUGUUGUGCUCGAGUGCAUUAGCUUGGAUAAUGAAUUGGAAUGUGAGGCAAUGAUGUUCCGGGUCAUGUUCAACACCGCUUUUAUUAGAUCAAACAUCUUGAUGCUUAACCGUGAUGAAAUUGAUAUCUUAUGGAAUGCCAAGGACCAGUUUCCCAAGGACUUCAGAGCAGAGGUACUUUUCUCAGAGAUGGAUGCGGAAUCUUCACUUAUUUCAAUUGAUUUGCCUAGUACUGAAGAGAAAGGUCUUCCUAUUGAAGCAUUUGCUAAAGUUCAAGAGAUGUUCAGCAAUGUGGAUUGGAUAGAUCCAAAGGUGGAUCUAGCAUUAAGUAUGCUCCAGCAAAUCAAUAUUCUCCAAGAACAAAUGGAGUUUGCCUCUCCCCGCAGUGCUAAAAAGAUCAGUGUGUUCUUAGGACCAUAUUGUGAGGAAUUUAUAGAGAAACCAAAACCUGCGACACCACAGAAAAUUGAUAUGCUUCUAGAAAAUUUGGAGUCCGGCCCUCCCUCAUGUGAGAAAAAUAGCCGUCUGUUGCAGGAACCAAGUCCUGAAAGAGUUGUAGAGAAACCAAAGUUGGAUGAAUCAGAUGACAACUUCAAAAGUUCCCCAUCAGUUGUUCUGGGUAAACAAUUUAUUAUGCCCUCUCCAAAGGCAUCUCUAGAUGUGAAGAAGAUUGAGCCCCAAGAACUGCAGGUUGCUCUUCAGCGCCCUGCUCAUCUUAAUAUCAUAUCCCAGAGAAUACCUCACACUUCUCUAUCUUCUCCAGUGUCAUAUUGCAAUUUGUUGCAAGGUUCACCUGUGUCUAUCUCAAGAUAUCAUAGUGCACCCUCAUCUCUGGGCAUUACAGCUUUGUUGCAUGACCAUAAAGAGUCUGAAAACAAAGAAAUCACUCACCAGGUAUCUCUAACUCCUGUGGCUUCAGAUCCUGUUCCAAGGCUGUCUAAACCUUUUCAGCCCGGUAUCGUCUCGAUACUGCAGCCACCACAGCCGUUUCCCUCAUUACAACCUUGUGUGGCGGUUUCUGCAACUAUGACUACAACUUCUUUAACCCCUCCUCCUCCUGCCUCUCCCUCCCUUCCUCCUCCUCCUCCUCCUCCUCCUCAUCCCCUAUUAGCUUCAGGACUAUCAUCGUCGUUAUUUUCCCAACACCCUUUAACCUCAGUAAAGUGUGAAGGGAAACAAUCAUCAGUUUCUCCUCCGGCCUCACCCACUUCUCUUUCAGGAGCAUCUUCAUUGCCCUCAGUCAAGAAAUCAUUCUCUGCUCUGCCUAACCCUCAACCUCCUUUUUCAGGGGCAGCUCCAUCUCCCACUAUCAAGAAGUCAUUUGCCACUCUUCCUCCUCCUCCUCCACCCACUUCUUCCUCUGGGCUGGCUCUAUUUCCCACAGUUGACAACUCAUCUUCAACUUCUCUUCUUCCUCCCCCUUCAACUUCUCCACCCUUUGGGAUUGCUUCAUCAGCUAUUGACCCAGUUCCUUCAGCAGUUGUGGCUGGCCCUUCUCCACCCCCUCCACCUACUCCACCUCCAUCUGUCUUAGGGUUAGCUCCAUCUUCCACUAUCAGGAAGUCAUUUCCCACUCCCCCUUCUCCACCCAUUUCUUCCUCAUGGCCGUCUCCAUCUCCCACUGUUAAGAACUCAUUCUCAACGACUCCCCCUCCCCCUCCCCCUCCAGCUCCUCCACUCUCUAGGAUUGCUUCAUCAGCUGCUGUCCCAGUUUCUUCAUCAGAUGUGGCUGGCCCUCCUCCACCUCCUCUAUGUUCGGAGCCAGCCUCAAGCCCUAGUAUUGCAUCCUCAGCGCCACCACCACCCCCUCCUCCCAACAUUUCAAAGGAUCCCUUGUCUGAGAAUUCUCCACAUGUUCCACCUGUACCACCUCCUCCAGCUCCAUUUUCCAAUGGGUUAUUAAAAACUGGUGGAACCGCUCCACGAUCUCAUUCUGCAGGCAGUAAUGGAAACGUACCUCCAAUUCCUGCACCACCUUUCAGCAUGAAGGGAAAGUUGUCUUCACGCACAUGUCCAAGGAAUCAGGAUAGGAGGGCUAACUUGAAGCCAUAUCAUUGGCUGAAGUUAACAAGGGCCAUGCAAGGAAGCUUAUGGGCUGAGCCACAAAAACCUGAUGAAGCUUCCAAGGCUCCAGAGUUUGAUAUGUCUGAACUUGAGAGUCUUUUUGCGGCCACUGUUCCCAAUUCGAAUAAUGGAAGCACAGGUGGGAGAUCAAAUCGUCAUGCCUUGAGAACUAAAUCUGACAAAGUUAAUCUGAUAGACCUCAGACGGGCAUAUAAUUGUGAAAUCAUGCUUACGAAAGUUAAGGUUCCUUUGAGUGAUUUGAUGAGUUCAGUCCUUGCUUUGGAUGAUUCCGCACUGGACAUUGAUCAAGUUGAAAAUCUGAUAAAAUUCUGUCCAACAAAAGAAGAAAUGGAAGUUCUCAAGAAUUACAAUGGCGAUAAGGAGAACUUAGGAAAAUGUGAAAAGUUCUUCUUAGAGUUGAUGAAAGUGCCACGGGUGGAGUGUAAACUAAGAGUAUUCUCAUUUAAAAUACAGUUUCAUACACAGGUAUCUGACCUCAGAAAUAAUUUGAAUAUUGUAAAUUCUGUAGCUGAAGAGAUCAGGAAUUCAGUCAAGUUAAAAAGAAUCAUGCAAACUAUUCUUUCAUUGGGAAAUGCUUUGAACCAUGGAACUGCAAGAGGUUCUGCCGUUGGAUUUCGAUUAGAUAGUCUUCUUAAACUUACUGAUACCCGAGCCAGGAACAACAAGAUGACCCUCAUGCACUAUCUCUGCAAGGUGCUUGCUGAGAAACUACCAGAACUGUUAGAUUUCCCGAAAGACCUCGUAAGCUUGGAGGCUUCAACAAAGAUACAAUUGAAAUAUUUGGCAGAGGAAAUGCAAGCGAUUAGCAAAGGCCUAGAGAAAGUUGUUCAGGAACUAACCGCCUCAGAAAAUGAUGGUACUGUAUCUGAAAAUUUUUGCAAGCUUUUAAAGGACUUUCUUGAUUUUGCUGAAGGUGAAGUGAGAUCUUUGGCUUCACUUUAUUCUGGAGUGGGAAGGAAUGCUGAUGCAUUGGCUCUUUACUUCGGAGAAGAUCCAGCCCGUACUCCAUUUGAACAAGUUGUUUCUACUUUGCUUAAUUUUGUGAAGAUGUUUGUCCGAGCCCACGAUGAAAAUUGCAAGCAGCUUGAGCUGGAAAAGAAGAAGGCACAGAAGGGAGCAGAAAAUGAGAGCAUGAAAACAAAUGCCCUCCAAAAAGGAACCAAUAAAUGAGAAAAUGAAGACAGG